CAAACAGGCACAGGGAAGAGCUUGUACCUCAUGCACUUGUUUUCACUGAAGAGGCUGUUAUUAUUUUACUAUGAUUGCUAUGAGAGAUUAGACACCUGAACUGCCUGUGAACUGUUUUCAACACAUCUAAAAAAACAAAUUACUCCUUAACCAGAUUUCUUACCCGACAAACACAUUUCAGUAAAAGAGUGAAAAUGGAGAACAGCACUGUAGCCCAAGGGAUGGAUUUAAACUCCACCCUAAGUUUAGCACUGAAGAAGAUGCCCCAGGACUCUAUAGAAGUCCAGGUUGUCACUAUUCUCCUGGCUCUGUUAAUAUGUGGGGUUGGCAUAGCUGGUAACAUCAUGGUAGUCUUGGUAGUUCUCAGAACCAAGCAUAUGAUGACCCCAACAAACUGCUACCUGGUCAGCUUAGCUAUAGCUGACCUUAUUGUCCUUUUGGCUGCAGGACUUCCAAAUAUUUCUGAGGUGGUCGCCUCUUGGAUUUACGGCUAUACUGGUUGCCUCUGCAUUACAUACCUACAAUACCUGGGCAUUAACGUCUCUUCGUGUUCAAUAACAGCUUUCACUAUCGAGAGAUACAUAGCGAUCUGCCACUCCAUCAAAGCCCAGUUUAUCUGCACUGUCUCCAGGGCCAAGAAGAUUAUAGCAUGUGUGUGGAUUUUCACCUCUGUCUAUUGUAUUAUGUGGUUCUUCUUGGUGGACACCAACGAGACCAUCUAUUCUGACGGUGUGGUGGUCAAAUGCGGCUACCGUGUCUCAAGGAACCUCUACAUGCCCAUCUAUUUCCUGGACUUCACUUUGUUCUAUGUUAUACCACUCAUCGUAGCAACUGUGCUGUAUGGUUUGAUAGCCAGGAUUUUGUUCAUGAACCCCCUACCAGCUAACCCUCAUGAUAGAGUGGGCAUGGAUUCGAUUCACCAAGGAAGAUCUCAAAACACCAUGAAGCUCUCCUGCAAACCAAACAAGGGUGCCAUGUCUUCAAGAAAGCAGGUAACAAAGAUGCUGGCUGUUGUGGUGAUCCUGUUCGCUCUCCUGUGGAUGCCCUACCGCACUCUGGUGGUGGUCAACUCUUUUAUGGACCCUGCUUAUCUCAAUACCUGGUUCCUGCUCUUCUGUAGGAUGUGUGUUUACACAAACAGUGCCAUCAAUCCCAUCAUCUACAAUCUGAUGUCCCAGAAGUUUCGGGCUGCUUUCAAGAAACUGUGUAAGUGUAAGCAGCAGAGGCCCGAGAAGGAAACCAAAUACAACGUGCCUGUGUAUUACAGCGUCAUGAAGGACUCCUCCCACGAAAGCCCUGACCACGAUGUCACAGAGCAGGAGGAUAUGAAUGGCUUUCCAAUGCCAAGCAAGAAAGUCAACUUUACUGAGAAAUGCAAUGACACGGACACAACAUUUAGCGUGGCCUGAAAUGCUUAUUUAUGACACUUCAUAUAAAGCGUUCCCAUGAAUUCUUAGUGGUUCAUGCGUAUCGUGGGUCAUUUCUCAAAAAGAGGUGUCAGGUUGUUGCUCCUUUGUUUUGUUUUUAAUCUCCUGAGCCUUUUCACAAGUAUGAUAACAAAGGGAUUUUACUGCAUCUUGAAACUAGAUUUUUAAAGGUUAGGGUCACAUUUACAAAAUAUAACCCAUUGUGCUAUGCCCUAUAAAAGUUUACCAGAAUAAAUGUGCAUGUACUUCAACAGCUUUUCCCUCCUUUCCCAAUGAUUCAAGUAAUAAUUUUCCAUAGUUUACCAUAGUUUGCCUUUUUUUUUUCUUUUGUAUAUUCCUCACCAUAACUCUCUGGGCUUUAUUAUACUUUGCUAUGCUUUUCCUAUGGUCAACUUUUUCUAAAGUCAUUUUUAAAAGCUUCAAAUAAUCAACACAGGUGGUUAAUUUAAGAGCUCCUGUAAAUGCUUUGUGAAUACAGCCAAUUUGU